AUGGCCACGUCGACAAAAACGCAUUAUUUUGAAACGGGAAGUAAUGAAAUUAAACUUGGUAAUUAUUUAAAAAGUUUGAUCGAAAAGGGUGAUCUAACAUAUUAUCGUUAUGCUGUGAUACCCACAAAGAAACAGAUGUUGAGUGAAAAAAAAGAUCGUUGUAUCCCUCGCAAGUUGUGUGUGGUGGUUCAAUUCGAGAAGCGAAUGAGUCCCCUGAUGCUACGUAGACAGUUUGCAGGUGCACAUAUUUUUAUAGCGUCAUUAACUGUCGUGGGCAGACCGAUCGUGUUAUCCCUGAUGCGUUUAUGGGUGCUUUGUGAAUGUCACGGGUUACAUUACGCGCAAACGGCUCAUUCCGAUACAGGCUUUGGUUUUGGCGGUAAAAAAAACAAAAGAUGA